AUGUCGAGGCUGACGCUUUAUCAGGCUGUCGGAAAAACUUUGACCAAUCAUUGUGCACGGAGCGCCGAGCCGGGCCGCUCCACUCCGCUGCUGGGCGCGCCCGGGGAGCUGCUCAAGCCCGGCGCGCCCGAGUACAGUUUGGAAACUUCGGCGGGCAGGGAGGCCGUGCUGGCUAAUCAAAGACCCGGCUACGGGGACAAUAAAAUUUGCGAAGGAAGCGAGGACAAAGAAAGGCCGGAUCAAACCAACCCCUCUGCCAACUGGCUGCACGCCCGCUCCUCCCGGAAAAAGCGCUGCCCCUACACCAAAUACCAGACGUUGGAACUAGAGAAAGAGUUUCUGUUCAAUAUGUACCUCACCAGGGACCGCAGGCACGAAGUGGCCAGACUCCUCAAUCUCAGUGAGAGACAAGUCAAAAUCUGGUUUCAGAACCGGCGGAUGAAAAUGAAGAAAAUGAACAAGGAGCAGGGCAAAGAGUGACAGGAUCCCGGCUGCCCCUCCCAGCCCUGCCCCACCUCACCCUCUUUCCUGUGCUGGCCGCAGAGCCGGCACUGCCUGGGAAGUGUCCGGUGGUGGUGACAGAAGGGCUCCCUCCUCAGUCCCUCAGCACACCCGGCGCUGUGUCCUCCCCUCGCCUGCCCCCGUGUGUCCUUCCCUUCUCUCUGGCCGCCAGGAGAAACUUUGGUUCAGUUAGAAGCUAGAAGUAGUUGGUUCCUAAGAAGAUGGCGGUCACAGGCGAGAGACCCUAGCUAGUCAAGCUCCUAGCGUCCCCUUGUGAUUUUUCUGGGAGGCCCCAGUCCCUCACCUCCAGCCUGCUUGGUCCACUGCCCCUGUACCUAUCCAAAGUCCCCCAGGACACCCCAACCACACAGCUCAGCGCCUGCCACAGGCGUGUCCUUGGGAGCCCACAGUCAGAAUGGGGGAGCAGCAGAGGGGAAAGGAAGAGGCCCCCUCAGAUGCCAGUGUGGCGGAAAUGCCCCCCUAAAGCCACCGGGCAAGCCUGGGCCCUCUGACACAGCAGGAAGGGGUCUAGACACGGACGCCUAGGGGUGCUGCAGCCCCGCCCAAGCUGCAGCACCCCAUGCAGCGCCCAACUGCGCCCGAACCUGGGCCGUCCCACCCCCACCCCCACGCCGAUGGGCUCCGAGGAGCCGGAAGGGCAGUGGGGGCCCUGUGAGGUGUCUCGGCAGCACCACUCAUGUUGGUGGCAGGAAAUGUUGGACUCUGCAUGAUACUUUCCUGUCUUUCCAACAAAAGGAGGGCAGGCUGGGCUGUGAGGAAUCAGCCCUGCUCCCCUGGACGGACUGUAGCUCUCCUGGCUUCCCCAGCCCUGCAUUUCCCUGGCCCUUUCAGUACCAGUGCGUCCAGCCACACCUUGCAGACCCCCAUGCCCCCCAGGUCAGCCCCACUGAGACAGGAAGGCCAGCGAAAGAGAAUCCCACGGAGGAUGAUCCGGAGUCAGUGACCUCCCAGCUUGCUUCCGAGUUAGCUGUCUGUCUGUCGGGCCAAGGAGCAGCAGAGGCCCCAGCGAGCACACCUGGUGUGCCACCCCCACCCCAGGCCGGCGGAGAACCCCAAGCGGGUGGCUGCCGGGCACUGGGCUUUGCCUCCACUGUUCCAGCCUGGCUGGGGUUCAGUGGGGCGAAGGAGAAAGACCCAGGCCCCAAGCAAAGCUAGCUCUGCCCCCCUGUCCCCCUUGGGGUGCCCCCCCCACUGCUGGACUUGCCCCUGCCUCUCCUGACCCCGCCAGGGGCCAUCCCAGUAGAACUUCUUUUGCUUUGUCGGUGGCUGUUGUGAAAUUGUGCUGUGUUUUGUGAUUUCUUUGGGGGGGGUGAUUGUUUUCAGUUGUGGCUUCUGUGGGGGGGGAGUGGG